CCAUAAACAACUUACCUCCUAACAGUGUAAAUCUCGCAAACAAAUCUCAGCUGGUAAGUAAUUAAGUUCAGGGUUUUUUUUGUGUUUCUGAAACUGCUUUUAGCACAAAAUCAGUGCGUUCUAAGGUUGAUUUUUAGGCGGUUUUGGACUGUUUUUAUCGCUGUUUAAGGCUGAUUUUCAGGCUGUUUUGGACUGUCUUUAUAGCGGUUUUAGGCUGAUUUUUCGUCUGUUUUGGACUGUUUUUGUAGCGGUUUUAGGCUGAUUUUUAAGCUGUUUUUAGCCUAUUUUGGACUGUUUUUAUCGGUGUUUUAGGCUGAUUUUUAGGCGUUUUAGACUGUUUUUAAAAAUGUUUUACGCUGAUUUUUAGGCUAUUUUGGACUGUUUUUAAAGGGGUUUUAGUCUACUUUUAGGCUAUUCUGGACUGUUUAUAAACGGGUUUUAGGCUGAUUUUUAACCUAUUUUGGACUGUUUUUAAGGGGGUUCCAGGCUGAUUUUUAGGCUUUUUUUGUAGCAGUCUUAGGCUGCUUUAGACGGUUUUUGUAACGGUUUUAGGCUGAUUUUCAGGCUGUUUUAGACUGUUUUUGUAGCGGUUUUAAGCUGAUUUUCAGGCUGUUUUAGACUGUUUUUGUAGCGGUUUUAGGCUGUUUUGAACUGUUGUUGUAACGGUUUUAGGCUGAUUUUAGGCUUUGCUGCACUGUUUUAGGCUGAUUUUUCGUCUGUUUUGGACUGAUUUUAUAGCGGUUUUUCUGACUUUUAGGCGGUGUUGCACUGUUUUUAUAGCGUCUUAGGCUGAUUUUAAGCCUAUUUUGGACUGUUUUAAUCGGUGUUUUAGACUGUUUUUUCAGUAUUGGCACUUUCUUCUUCUAACCGUAGUUUUAUUUUCUCUGUAGUUCGAUACGCCAAUUUUUUUUGCCUUAUUUUCCUUUGCUAACAGACAACUAAGACGAAUUUAGCUUGCUCAGUUGACUAUUUCUGUUACAUUGCCAAUAUUUAAUUACAAUAAUGUAGGCUAGUUUCCUGACCGUGAUUUUCUCUGGAGCUCUAAUUGAUCGGUUUGGUUUAAGAUAGUUUUAAACAAGUGGGCUGGGAAUUCUUUAUGUAUCUAUAACAGCGGAGAAAACUCGGCAUCCGAUCUGCUCUGAUAGACUGCUUUUGAAGAUUAGAACGAAAAAGGGAAAGGUUCAGGACAAAAACUAUACAACAACUUUGUUCUGCACUAAUCGUAGACAAAACAUCAAGCACUUGAUGAUCACACAACAGGAACAAAUCGCGGUACCAAGUUUUUUCUCUUUUACAAGUCAAUGCAGCAAACAAUAUUAAUGAUAAAUGAUUGUGUUUGUGCUGUAAUAAAAGAAGGCAAACUUACGCUCGCAAAUGGAGUUCAUACUGAUUUUUUCCUUUUAUUUUGUUUAUAAACUACCGAGCAAGAUUAGCAAAACAACAAUUUUGCACGUGCAGCACACUUUUUGGUACAUUUCUUUGCUCUCACUACUCGACUACAACGUGAGAUUGCCUUAUUUCAUGUUUAUCGAGAAAGUAAACAAACGACGACGAUUUCUCUUUCGUUUUUGCCGCCGUCUCCGUUUGUCGCCCUCUUGAUAGAGUCGGCCGGUGACACCAGUUAACUUAGAAGUCACGGACUCUGGGGCCAGUUGUUCGAAAACCGAUGUUUCUUCAGUUUUCUUUCGUUCAAAAAGCACUUUUUCUGAUAAUUUUCUCCAUUCUCUUUAGAGCAUUCAAUCAUCCAAUUGUAAACCAAAAGAGUUCUACUAAUUUGGGUUUUUAGGGCUUCAUGUCUGAAUUUCAGUGUCGCACUAACCCUGGGUAAUCUUAACACAGCUUAGAACAACCCCGCCCUGGUCUCUCUUUAUGAAGCCUGAGAAGAGUCUAGUUUUCUUGGGUUCAAAAACCACGGCAUCGUCAUAAAUGGCUAAUUCGUUUUUUGCUUUUGCAGUCGUAUAACACAGGAAAGGCCGGAUCCUACGAUGUGGUUUAUUAUUCCAGUUCAACUGGUCCUUUUGUUUAGCAGCUCCUUUUUGUUUUACUCGUGUAAGUAAUUGGAUUAUUGAAUCACGUUCCAGCUGUUUUUACCGCAAGGCAUUUCAGUUCUCAAAACAUGUGACCUUUUUCUUAUUGCUUUGCACACAUGUACCGAUGUAAAAAGAUCAGAAGGGUAUUGAUUCGAAUUUUAGCUAAAAAAUGUGUGCACUACAGUAAAAACCCGCAAGUAAGAACCUGAAGAUUAAGAACCUGUUAGCCUGAAAUUUGCCAUUUAUACCCCCUAUAAACAAGAACCUGUUUAGCCUAGAAAAUGAAAAACAGGUUCUUAUUUUUGAAAGUCAUGUUAGUGAAAUGCAGCUGCAAAGCUGUGUAAGAAUCCUGUUUGGAGAAUAAGGAGCUUGGCAUUGCUGUGCAAAUAAAAGUGCUAAUUUAUUGAUGUGAUAAAAAAAUAAAGUGCAAGAGGUUAAUAUUGUUGUAUCACAUUUUGAAGUUGAAAAAUACGCAGAUGACCAUCCUGUUUUGUAGCUUGUUUUUUUUUUUUUUACAGAAAUAAGAACCUAUUUAAGAACCUAAAUAGCCUAAAAUUGUGUUAACUACUAUUUAAAUAAGAACCUGUUUAGGCUAACUCCAGAAAAUGUAGGUUCUUACUCGCGGGUUUUUACUGUAUCUAUAAAUCUGACAAGGAAUCCGGCCGGUAUCCAGUACCUGGAAUCCACUACGUGGAAUCUAAGAAUCCUAGACUUUACCUUACAUGACGAGGCUGCGAUGAAAGAACCAUCUCUCUGAGGAGAGUUGCCUUCUUGUUAACUGUUAAUCAGAUCAUUUCUUUGGAAUAUGAGGAGAGGAAGGACAAGUAUAACGUAAUGUCGAGUAACUAGCUAGUUCAUAUUUUGAUACAUUUAUGCUUAAACAGAUCUGAAGUGAAAAAAUGAACAUAUUCAGUUAAUUGUUCUCAAUUAUAAUAUUCUAAUACUUUCAGCUGCCGCAAGAUCAUGCUACAUGCAAAACUGGGGAAGCAAUUUUAAAAAAAGCGAUGAAACAGCAUGUGGAUCGUAUUAUAAUCUUGUGGGUUUCGAACGAGAUGGCACUAACAACUUACGAGGAAUAAAGCGAGCUAAAUGCUGCCGUCGAGAUCAAACCUUCUGGAAUCAACCUACCCAAUGUCAGACGCCCGAUUGGAUCAGGUCACUUGACGGGUAAAUAAUUUCUUGGACUGUAACCCCCUUUUUAAAGUUUAGUCUCCGGUUUUUACAAUUGUAAGAGGCUAUAAUACCCGCGUGGGUACGUUAGGUCAUCUAUCGUGCCUCGCGCAAUAAGAACACAGGUUUUCGCUUCAUAUUGCCCGCCAGCGGAACCAACCGUAUAAUAAAUAAAUAUGCGUUUUUUAUCAAGCGUGAGCUGGUCAGGAUGCCUGGAUAUUGUCCAAGUUUGUUUUGUGGUAAUAUUACGGAGCUUAAGCAAACACGUUUUUGAGCUUCGCACGUCAACCGGAAGUGUGGUCUUUUUCCUCCACUAUGCCUUUACGCGACUAAAUUUGUAUUACUAAGUGUCUUCACUCAUAAAAAGAAGAUUUGCCUUAGAAUUAGGGCAAAAACACUACCCGUUGACUUCCGGUUGACGUUCGUCGCUCGAAAACGUCUUUACUUAAGCUCCCUAUUAUGGGCCGAGACGAAGUCGAGGUCAAUAAAAGAGGAAAAAAGGACGAGGCUAAUAUUCAGCCGUUUUGACCUGGUCAAUAAAGGAUUUAUUAUAAUCACCAAAAAGAGAACAUUUUCUUGCGGGAUCAACGCGUGAAAUCCCGAGUGGGUCCACCUUGCCCGCUCACUUAGCCAAUCAAAACAUAGGAUUCGCUUUAUCUUGCCCGCGGGCGGAGUAAGCCAUCUUUAGAAGUAACUUAACAUCUGUCUGGAUUAACAAGUGUGUUCUACCUUAAAGUUGAGUGUCUCAGUACAAAAGGGAUGACUAGUGAUGACUAGGAUGACUAGAGAUGACUCGGAUGACCAGGGAUGACAAGGAAUUAUUUGGGAUGACUUGAGAUGACUAGGGAUGACAAGGGAUUAGUAGGGAUGACUGGGAUAACUAAGGAUGACUGGGAUGACUAGGAAUGACUAGGGAUGACUUGGGAUGCCUUGGGAUGACUAAGGAUGACUAGGGUUUAGAACAGCCAAUGGGCAGUGUCGCGUCGUAUACAAUAAUCAAAAUAAUCUGCUUUUUUUCAAUGUUUUUAGUCGCAAUAUUUAAAUUCGCUAGGAGGCCAAGAAAGGUGACCAAGGCAAUAAGAAAUUCAUUUUCCAACUUGUUUUAGAUUUCUAUUAUCAAUAAUGUUACCCUGCAUGCAGACGUUUCUCUCUUGCAUGGCUUUUAGCGUUUACGAAGUUGUUCGCGUCGCUUGUCUGUCGCGUAGUUGGCUUGUUUCAUACCCCCAAAUUAAAACCGACUACGCGACAGACAAGCGACGCAUACUUAAAACCCAUGAAAGAGAGAAUCCUCUGCCUGCAGGUUCUAUAGAGGACAUUACAUGGCCGCGCGGAAAUACGAAAUUUCUCUGCCAGUGUUGAAAAAUGUUUUUCAACACGAGAAGAGAAAUUUCGUAUCUUCAAGCGACCAUGUAAUGUUCUAUUUAUUAUAUAAACACUAAUGAAAUACCAAACCAUUUUACUUAAAUAGUUUUUUGGUCUGAAAGGUGCGGUUUAUUAUGAAGCCAUAGUAACGGUCAUAUUUUCACAUGUGAAGAUAUCAAGUUUUCGCGCGAAAGCUCACUUGGUAUUUCAUUGGUGUUUAUAUAAUGAAUUACUUUACACUGUUUUAGUAAAUGACGUUAUCAUUUAUCAUGUACCCAUGAUGUUUUGACGUUUACUUUGCUCAGCACUGGAGUAAGCAACUGCCAACAGGGUUUCUUCCUCCGAGGUUUGUAUCGGUCAAACGGAGACGGACUGUGGAAUAUCGAGUGGGGUAAAUGCUGCAAACCAUCUCAACAUCCUUACCAUUGGGGUGGCUGCUAUGACGAAGACGUUAGCAACACAUUUAAUAAAGCUGGACUCAGCGAAUGUCGCAGGGAUGGAUACUUUAUUGCAGGUUUCCAGAUUCAGGGUUCACAGGGAGGACUGUCGAACAUCAAGAAGUUCAAAUGUUGCAAAAUUGUCAAUGGUAAGUCUGAAAGAAAUCUUUGAAAUAUAUCUAGAUUGGCCAGUCGAAUCAGGUAUUAGCGAACGCUAAGCAGUUUAUCAUUUGUUGAAUAGGCAAAAAAGAUAUUUGCGAAAAAUGAAGACUGAAUUUUUUUCUUUAGAUUUGAAGGAAUGUGUAUCCCCACCAUACAGCUACUUUUCAAAUCUUAUUUUAAAAAAAAAUGUCUUAAAAGGUCUGGUCCUUGUGUUCAAAAUGGAAACUAGUCCGGUCAGAAAAUUCGAGAAAAAAGUCGGCAAAAAUGUUAAGAAAAAAAAACGGGACAUAAAACUAAAAGAGAGGAGAAAGUCCAGAAAAGGAAAAUCGGGCACAAAAUUUGCAUGACACUAAUCGGACUCCUUACUUUGUCAUAUUUAAUUAUUUUCUUAUAUGCAGGGUUUAAUAAGUGAAAAUAAUUUAGCUAUGAGUUGCGCCUUUUUCAAUAAUAUUUUAAUUAAGGCCUUUUGAAUACCUAAACGGGAGAUUUCCCUACCCUUCCAUUUACUUCAACUCGUGAAUUUCUCACCCUUUUAUAAACCUGAAGGCAGAACUGAAAAAGGUCACGCCCCAGUUUCGCGCGGAGCGUCCUCUCACUUCUCAGCACUCACAAUAAAAAGAACUGACCUUCUUUUGUCCCAGGGGGGUGGGGAAAACAAACAUACACCUCUCAGUUCGAAGGGACCACCAGCUUAUACUUAACCUAAACCUACCUAAACCUGAAAUAUGCUGUUUACUCUGAUUUUUUCUCUAGAAAUUCCGAAACUUAAAUCAUUGGGCGAACUGAAGCAGCGCGUGAUGGAUGUUACCAUGUUUAACCUCGGUCAGUUGGCGAGCAUGAUGGGAUUUGCAUGGUCUGGUGGAUGCUUCGCUAAAUACUCAGGGGACGAUUUCCGUCGUAACGGCGACAAAUGGGAAUCUACCUAUAGGUAAUCCGGCAGUAACAUAAUUUACCACACAGUUUUGUCAUGCUUCCUCAAUUCUUCAUUACGAUGGCCUAUAACUCGUCUGGAAAGGUUUUAUGAAUACUUUUCUUUAUUUAAAAUACUUUUUGUGAAAAAGGAAUAUUUUCGAAAACUUCCUGAGAAUGUGAUUAGUUUUACCGUUUUUGAACAUCUAAGCUGAACAUCAAAGUUUCACAGUUGUUUUUUCGGUUUUAACGUUUCAUGUUGAAAGCUUAAAAUAUCAUUAAAUAACUGGUCAUUAUAUCAGUUACCUUUAUAUUUUUUUGUGGAUGAUCUUAAUUAGAAUUAUUCCAUAAUAGAAGACAACUGGCCGCAAAAUAUUACAGCUUAGCGGUUCACAGUAGUAGGACGGUUCUUUAAGCUCUUUAUAAUGUUCCUUUUUUGUCAGAACAAGUUCUAAAACUUUUACUAUUACUUUAAAACCAUUCCCAUUUUGGGGGUGCAACACAUUGGUAUUCGUUUAUAAUAAAGCACGUGAUAUGAAAAAUUGUUAGUAACCAUUUCUUCGCGUUUAUUUUGGUGGCAGAUCGCACUGGUGUACAGGAAAUGGUCCGAAAAAAGACGUUCGGCUGAAGAUCACUUACGAGAACUUUGCCUAUACAAUGAGAGAUGUUAAAUUUGGGAAGUCCAUUACACAGACCAUUCCCUUGGACAGAGAGCAAGAGUUGCUUGAUUCUCCAGACAGAAGCUAUAGCAAGACAGCGUACAACAGAAAAAAUAGUAACGGUACGUCAGUAGUGGAACAGGAGAUUCGCAGCGCUAGGACCUUGAAAAAUGUAAGGAGAAGCAGCUGGGAUGGAAAUAUUGGAAUUGAGGUGGGUUUGGAAUACGAACCUCCAAGUACCACUGGAGGGGUGGGGUUUUCUGCUAAGACGAGCUUUAAAUAUGAGUGGGGAGGCGAAGAAGAAGAUACAACCGCUGAUGAAGAUUGGCAUAUUUUGUGGCUGAAAGAAACAAAAGAGUUACCUGCAAACACAUUUGCUGAGUGGCAUGCAUUUAGAAAGCCACAAAAAGUGACAAUCCCUUAUACUGCUACAGUCCUUCCAACAUUCACGGUAACACUAGAAGGUUAUAUGGUCUGGGGAGGUGGUUACCAUGGAAACAGUCCAAACUUUCAUUGGGAGCACCGCGGCUCAGGUGAUCGAAAAAAGAUUUCGUUUAAGUUUGGAAAUGAUCAGAAGCCAUUCUAUGAAGAUCUCGAGGAGCAAAUCGAUCAGAACAAAUACCCUUGGCAGUGGCACGCCAUGAAACAACAUUACCCAUAUGCACAAUAUUUCAUCGACCAACUACUCAACAAAGACCUCUAUUCUUUCACCAUGGUUGGUCAAUUUGAGGAAUCCACCGAAAUUGAAGUGAAAUCCUAUUGGUAUCCAUCCAAGUCUUUGGACCAAAUGACACACGAUGCACCAAAAAAGACUAAAGAUAAGGCAAACAAGAGUGGGAAACCUGUGGAGUUUCCUCGCGUGUUGCCUGCACCACCAAAAGUUCAGACCAUCGACAACAGCAAGGAAAUGAAGGCACCUCCAGAGAAAAAUUUUAACGACAAUGAUCGUGAUACAGAGUACAAGUUCCCCAGAAUUAAGCCAUCGCCACCAGAAGUGAAGCUUAUUGAGAACAAGAAGGACAUGAAGCCGCCUCCUCAAAAACAAUGAGCAUUUACUGGGUGAACUGAUAAAAGUUCCCUUC